AUACACACGGACACAUGUUCCCUGUUUGAGCCAUGUAGACAAGUGCAUUUUUAUCGUCAACGUUUAAAUAAAACGACGGUUAGAAAUUGUAUAGUCAACGAAGCGUAAUAAUAAACCACCACCGAAAUUAGGAGUAUGUAGUGGUAUAGGCAAUUGUUAUUUGUAAUAAGCUAGUUGUUGUUAUUGCUGUUGUUGUUGGUUACCUAGCCAACGCCAGGAAACAACACUGAAAAUAUAUACUAUAUACAUCCUUUGGAAAAAUCCUUAAAAUUAUUUGUAAACGAACGCUAAACCACGUAAGAAUAACGUCACUUUUUCACCGAACCAACGAAAAUUCAAAAAGAAACAUUCUUUAGUGCUCCUGAGUUUGUGACGAUCGUUGCAGGACGAGGACUCCAAUAUGACCACCAGAUUGGCAGCGCCUAGAAAUUUUGUCUUAACGUCGACAACGACAGCCGGAAUAAUAAAUUCUCCUACGUUGAGUAUUGUGUCCCCAGCUACGGAUACUAUAACAACCGAUUCAACGGUUUUGCCAUGUGUCGUCAAUAAUACAACCGAUUCAGCGGCAAUCGUGGUAACUAGGGACCCCUCCUCUUCUUGCCAUAACGCACAACAAGAAGUGUAUCAGUACAUUACUGCCGAAUCUUUGCAAGAUGUUAUGACAACACAUACAGCGUUGGCCAGCGUAGAGGAGCAUUACCAUCAGCAGCAGCAGCACCAGCAGCAGUUUAGCGGUAAUUUGCACCAACAAGCGCAUCAUCAUCAGCAACAACAACAACAGGAGCAGGAAGAGUUAUCCAUCAUAAAUUUGUUAGUGCCCAUGGAAAAUAAUGACACUUCCAGCAACGAGGCCCAAACCGCCACCACCAUGGAUACUUUGGUUGGCAUUAAGGAUGGAGUUUUAGAUUUGGUUAAUCAUGUUGAUCAGGAUGAAGCUUGCCCACAAUACAUCACCGUCACCGUGUCCACCCAAGAUGCGGGACAAAAUUAUCAAGUGCAAUAUGUAGAUGCCGAAGAAUUGUAUCAGGCCUCCAAUGCCACCCAAACUCAAAUCACUUAUCCCUUUUGUCCCAUACAAGAAUAUCAAACAAAUCAAUCAACGUUUUACACCACAUCCACUGGUAACUUUAGCAGUAGUGAUGGCACUCAACUAACCGGCAAUACUUCUCAUAAUGACACCUCGUUAAUGCCUUAUUUGGUGCCCGUAGAAGAAGGCAUGCUAAUUAACACUUCCUCUGAGGAUUUGCACAGUUCUCCCCAAACACCCAAUUCCUCCUCUAAUACCCUGGUGGGAACACAGUGUAUGAGUUCAGCCAAUGAACACGAAUUGGAUGAUAAUUCCAUGGAAACAGAUCUAAAUCAUAUGGGUGGUUCGAACAAAAUUGCCUCGGCCACCAUUAAAUGGUUGUCACAAAACUACGAGACUGCCGAGGGAGUAAGUCUGCCCAGAUCUACUCUCUACAACCACUAUAUACAGCACUGUACCGAGUCCAAAAUAGAACCGGUUAAUGCAGCUAGUUUUGGCAAAUUAAUAAGAUCUGUGUUCGCCGGUUUACGCACCCGGCGCUUGGGUACUCGUGGCAAUUCUAAAUAUCACUAUUACGGUAUUCGUAUUAAACCAGAUUCAAUACUCAAACAGCAACUAAGUCAAGACGAGUGCUCCUCUUCUCCCUCCCAGCAAGCCACAACUUCGGUAGAUCCUCACUCCAACAACAAAAAUAACAAUCAAGCUUCAGCAUCUGGCUGUUCUUCCAGCCACAAAUCCAUCAACAAACCUCUGAAAAGAUUAAUUUUCAAGCCGGAAUCUUAUGCCGCCUGUGCUAAGUUUUUGGGUGACGGCACAGGUGCUUUGCCCACAUUCCCUUUGCUGGAACUGGAUCACACUUGCCCGGCGGAAUUAAAUACCCAAGAUUUGGAAUUAUUUCGCUUGAAAUAUCAAGAACAUUGUGAAAAGUUUCUGGAUGCCAUAAUAAAUUUGGAAUUUAAUACCAUCGAGUAUUUGUGGCGUGAAUUCUGGUCUACCGAUCAUCAUGAUUCUAUGCUCAGCUUAUCGCGCUCCAAAUUAAAAUUACUUUCUCUUUCGUCGGUUGUGCAGAAUUUUGUGCGCACUGUUGAUUAUCAGUUCUUUCAGAAUUUGGUGGACGUUAUAAUACCCGAUGUUCUGAGAUCCGUACCCAAUGCCUUGACACAAGCCGUUCGUAGUUUGGCCAAACAUAUGGAUGCAUGGAUAUGCGAAGCCAUGUUGGGUAUACCCGAACAAAUGGUGCAGAUAAAAACUUCAACUGUUUCGGCAUUCUGUCAAAUCCUAAAACGUUACACCUCGCUCAAUCAUUUGGCUCAAGCUUCUAGAGCAGUACUUCAUAAUAGCACUCAAAUUACACAAAUGUUGGCCGAUUUUAACCGUGUGGAUUUUCCAAAUGUCCAGGAACAGGCCGCCUGGGUGUGCCAAUGUGAUCCGGCCUUGGUUCAGCGUCUGGAGAAUGAUUUUAAGACCACCCUGCAACAGCAGAGUUCGUUGGAACAGUGGGCCUCAUGGCUGCAAUUGGUGGCGGAUUCGGCUCUUCAGGAAUAUCGUGGUAAAUCCUGUUAUCCCAAGGCAGCUCGACAGUUUCUGUUAAAGUGGAGUUUUUACAGUUCUUUGGUUAUUCGAGAUUUAACCUUAAGAUCGGCUCCAAGUUUUGGUAGUUUUCAUUUGAUACGUUUACUCUACGAUGAGUACAUGUUCUAUGUGGUGGAGAACAAGAUAGCCGAGGCUCAAGAAAAGACCGCCAUAGCGGUAAUAUGUGAUCGUUUACAAAAUCAUGUUGACUUUGAAUUGGACUAUCAAUUGGAGUUGAUAGCGGCCGAUGUAACAAAUUCUGAGCCAUCAGCAAAACGCAUGAAACAAGAGUGAAUUUAAUUUAAACAAAAAAAAAAAAAA